CAUGAAGAUGGCCCGGCCCCGCCGGACCCGAAAACAGGAUAGGGAAAAACGAUCAUCACAAUUCACAAACCGCAAAAACCGGCAUUUUUGAAUCAUCAUAUUCACGAGGACGAUGAGCAAGCUCAAAGUAUCCAGCUCCGAAUUGGAUUUCGAUCGACCCAACAUUGAGGAUUACCUUCCUUCCGGAUCCAUUCAAGAGCCUCACGGCAAGCUCCGCCUGCGUGAUUUGCUCGAUAUUUCUCCGACUCUAACAGAGGCGGCUGGUGCCGUUGUUGAUUACAUUAGGAAAGACAAUUUAUCAGUUCUGAUCAUGGGUUUUCUCUAUUUCUUGGAAAGUUGCUCUGAAACUAUUAGUCUAGCUGAUCUAUGGCUUGAGUGGAAAUAUGGCUGGGUCAUGCUCAGUAUUCUUGCGCUUCAGAAGCAUAACCGAGUUUUGUUCUUGAUGCAUGACAGGACUCUUUCACAAGAUGCUUCAAGUCUAAUCCUCCAGAGCCAUGGAACUGGAACAUAUACUUGUUCCCUUUGUGGUGCCUGGGAGUUUUGUCAGAUAUGGGUUACUUUUCCCACUGAGAGAGGUCUAGUGGAGUUGAUUUGCAGCUUUUUUGUUGCAUCGUGGACUGGGGUUGUCAAAUACCACGGUCCACGUCCAAGCAUUCGUCCGAAGCAGGUUUUUGUGGCUAAUCACACGUCCAUGAUUGAUUUCAUUGUUUUAGAACAAAUGACGGCAUUUGCAGUGAUAAUGCAGAAGCAUCCUGGGUGGGUUGGUCUAUUGCAGAGCACUAUUUUGGAAAGUCUAGGAUGUAUUUGGUUCAAUCGAUCAGAGGCCAAGGAUCGUGAAAUUGUUGCCCGAAAGCUAAGGGAACAUGUCCAUGGGGCUGAUAAUAAUCCUCUCCUUAUAUUUCCUGAAGGAACUUGUGUGAAUAACCACUACACUGUGAUGUUUAAGAAGGGUGCAUUUGAACUUGGCUGCACAGUCUGUCCAGUUGCAAUCAAGUAUAACAAGAUCUUUGUCGAUGCAUUUUGGAACAGCCGAAAGGUGAGGGACAUUAUUUCCAUGCGAGCAGGUCUUAGGAAGGUACCAUGGGAUGGAUAUUUGAAGUACUCUCGUCCCAGUCCAAAGCAUCGUGAACGCAACCGUUUUGCAACAAAGCUUUGCAGAAUCAGUCCUCCACCACCUGGAAGAGAUAUAGAUUCGAUUAUACCGUUUGUUGUUUAUUGUCUUUUGUGGUUAGAUAGAGAGGUCGUUUAGCUGUUUUAGGGCUAGCAUGUCAAAUGGUCUAUGAAGUCUCAAGAUUGAUGAUUUUGUUCAUGGAUUUUCCUUUUUACCUUUAAUUUUUGAGUUUCUUUUCUGUAUCUUGUAUUUGUCGUUUAUAACUUUUUAUUAGUUGAACAUGAUUUAUUGAAUAUUAGUGAUCUUAAAUUUUGACCAACAAAAAGUGCCCAUGGGAACAGAACACAUUUCACUUCAGAAUUCGAUGUUAAAAAGAGUUGCCAAUUGCCAUACGGUCUUAUGUUGCUUGUACUUUACUUUUGAAACCUUAUUUGAUAUAGUGAUCUGCGAAUGGAAAAUGGCCCCACUUCCUAGGGAGAUACGAUGAGUUUCCGUCCAAAGAAUCAGGCUGCGGUAGAGAGAAAGCUCGAGUCCAAACUGGAAAAUGAAGCUGAUGGAAUCCAGUGUGGUGCAAUUCGUUAGCAAAGUCAGUUCAAUUUUUGUGUUGUUUUGUGUUGGAUUAUCUCUUUUCACAAGUCAAGUUUUUUGUUGAAUUCUAUUAUUUUAAAUGUAGUUAAUUGUUGGUUCAAUU